GACAGGAACAGAGAGAAACAAUAGACAGAGAGACAAAUGCAGAAGUGGUGUCUUAAAGCAAAUUAAAGAGGACAAAUACAGGACUAAACGCCUGAAGAUUGUCACUGAGAUAGAGAGUGCACACUUGUAUGCACACGUUUAAAGAUGCUGUUUAUACUUCUGGGAGUUGUACUUGCUGUGACAGGUGGCACCUGUGAAACAGUGCUUGAGGUCAUGGCACAGGAGGGCUCUCAGGCGGUGCUGCCUUGUCUCGUGUCUGACUCACAGUCAACUCAUUAUGCUGCCUUCCAAUGGGUCAAGAAGGGUAAAAGAGGCGAGAGUACAGUGUGUCGUCGGGAAAAGAGCGGCCUGGUCUACCGCGGCUCAGUACUCGGGCACCGCAGUCACUGCCUGGGCAGCCAGUUUGGCGACUACAGCCUGUACAUCGAUGCCGUUAGGGAGGAGGAUGCAGGACAGCACGUCUGCAGCGUGCAGGGACAUGGACUAGGACGCGGGACCACAACAUGGAAAGUCAUGCUCAGGGUCAUGAAAGUGUCUUUCUCACUCCCUGAGGCCAUAGAAGGGGAUAAACUACAAGUGAAAUGCAUUGUGACUCCGAAACCAGACAUGCUGUACAGUACAGAACAGUACAGAUGGAAGCUCAACGGUGUGGAUUACAAGGGGAAUGGAUACCGCCGGUCAUCCAUCCCCAUUCCCAGUGUGUCCCAGAGUGACCGAGGAAACUGGACGUGCUGCGUUGACUACAGAGGCAAAGCGACAGAAGCGACGCAGUUCCUCAGAGUAAAAGGCAUAGAGCACCCUUCAAAUAACAACGCCCUUGUGUACGCUGCCAUUGGCUCCAACACCAUCCUCCCCUGUGUGUUCACCCAGGGCCUGACCUCUAACGCAACCUGGAGCAGGCUCUCCAAGGGGUCCUCCUCCUCCUCUUCUUUUUAUCGUCUUGGCAGCAAUUCACGUCGUCACCCGCCUCCCUCUCUCCCGCUGUCAUUCAUUCGUCCACCGUUGUCCCCCACCUCUCUGUGGGACCAGUCUGCGAGGCUGGAGCGUGUGGAAUUGGGGGAUGAGGGGAGUUACGUGUGUUCAGGAACGGUGGAGAGCAGGAUGGUGAAGAGGGAGCUGGAGCUGGUGACUGCUCGAGUGCUCAGUUCCCCAUCUACAAAGAGGACUCCACUGACUCUGACGUGUCAGCUGAGCAACGACAAAGAAGUGACCAAGUAUGAGUGGGUCCGUGUCACCUAUGACAACAGCUCUGUGGCCACAGUAACCCCUGUGGGAAAGAACAAAACUCUGAAGCUGACAGAGGACGACAUGGGCGAGUGGGUCUGCCGUUACUACGGAGAGAGAGGGUUACUGGGGAACGUCACCUACCACUUACACCUCAUGGGUGGUCUGGAGUCAGGGAGACCGGAGGAGCAGAGCUAUAACAGGGGAGCGCUGGUCAUCGGCUUUGGAAUCCUCAUUCUGCUGGUUCUCCUCAUCGCACUGCAGAUCUACAGGAACCACCAAAGGAGGAAAAUGAUCCUGCCCUACCCAGCCCUGGAGAACAUUGUACACUCGCUUGCCAACGAACGAGAGAGGAGAGAGAGGCGUGGAAUAAACGUGAGGAAGAACAGUGAGCCCAUGGAAGAACAGGCCUGAAGUAGACAACAUUAUAUGUGUUAUAAUCAGAGUUUUCAUACACCUAUAAGAACUUUUUUUACUCAGCAUUUUCAUAUAUAUA